CUUUUGCUUGCUACUUCCUCCUUAUCGUCAACAUUCCCACUUCUUGCUCAUGAGAGAGCCCAAUCCGGUAAAGUUUUGAUCGCGCGGCAUUGUAUCGUGUAGGCCACUUAUAUCACUUGCAUAUUUGAAAUCGUUUUAAGUUUGCCAAGUCUUGUUCUUCUUGGCAACGAUAAGCUCAACUCGUCCGGAUCAAUCGCUUUCAGAUCGAUUUUGUUCUCCUUUUGAUCAACGUUUCAAGUCACCCACCGACUGGAUCGCAUCGAUAUAUACGUCCCUGAUUUUUCAACUAGCGCACAAAAGAGCUUCAUUAUUUUAAAGUCUUCUCUUGUCUAUAUUCAAAAUGAAUAUGCACUAGUGGAUUCACAGCAAAAGCAGCAAUUUUUGGACAGCAUGGCAACGAACUCGUAACUACUACAAAUUUGUCAAAACGAAAUUCUUUUAAGUGUGUAUGAAUCCAUGGACCAAGGUUGAGUGCGAGACAUUUGCCGAUGUGAUUCACUUGAAUGAUCAAGACGAGUGGAUUCGAAAAUUUGGACUCGUUGGAGGCAAACCAAGAUUAGUGUUUGCAUCAUCCAAAACCUUUGAUCAAUUAUUACAACGUUUGAAAAAGAAGUAACCGAGUGAUAUAAUGAGUUAAGGAACCAGGUGUGGCAACUCGAGCAGGAGAAUUUUAAUGAAAAAAUGAAGCACAAUAUUUUUAAGCUCUAUCAUGAUGAGAACUCGCCCAGUCGUCCUUACUUGACAUAUCCAUCCUCGGCAGUCGAAGCAAUCAUGAGAGUGCGUUAUCAAGUUUAAUCCGCUGAUGAAAUUCGCGGAUUGCUGUAGAAUCCAGCCCCGAAAUCGCAGUCGUAGCGAGGCAAAGAAAUUGAGAAGUUCCUGCUACAAGAUAUUGGUACCAGCGAAUUUUGUAUGAGAGCACUCGAAGGUAGCUCUGUUGGAACUGUCACGCGACAUGGCCCAUUUAAUGCAUCGUCUGAGGUCAUUCAAGCGUCAUCCGAAAUUUAGAAUAAAUUGGUGCUGUACAUACCGUUAUCAACGACUUUUGAUAUCACCUGAUGGUGUGCUUGUCGUCCCGCGAGAUGGUCGUAUUAUUUACGUUCAGGCGACGGUGGCCACAUAACAUCCCAUCAAACAUCAACAGUUGAAAAAUGUAUGUUAGUAUUUGACGCAGCGCCAUGAGUUUUAAGGCUUUAAACACAUUUUUCUCUUUAUCGUCACGAACGAAAUCUAUUACAGUUUCAGUGUUCAAUCUUACAAAACAAAGAUUGGCAGAACUGCAGUAUGGAAGCUGAUAUUGACGUGACACAGUAUGCUAGAAAGAUUAUAUGGUAAUAAAGCAACAAUUUCAAGAACCAUCUUGGAUCACGUUUGCUCUAAGGCUCAAAAGAACUCAACACAUCCGAGCUCGAUACAAUUAUAUGAGCACAUUUUGCAGAGAUGUCCAAUGAACGGCAUUCUUGUCGAAGGAAAACUUAACAGUAUCUUCCUACUCUGUGAUAUAUCGAUGAAGCAACAACCUUCAAACACCGACUUCGAGACGAGCGAACUACAAUUUCUCCAGAAUAUCGCGAUUUCGAGUGCGCUACUAAUUUCAACAUUAUUACCACACAAUGAAGGAUUGCGAAAACAUUUCAUAAGCUUUACUCAGCGCUGAAUUCAUGACCGGUAAAGUAUCAGAUAAUCUAUUGCAACCAGUGUGUUUUCCGCCAUUGUAUCUGUCGCGUAUCGGCACACAGUAUCGUACGAUGUCUAUAAUUCGAUGAGGACCGAGGCAAUUGUAACGAUUUCAAAGUAAGUUUCUGCGUCUGUACUCUGUGAAUGAUCUUUUUUGGUAUUGAAACAUAACUUGAAAAAAAUUGACACGAACAUUGAACGAUUUCAUUUGCUUAAGACAAUUAUGUAGUAGAUUGUUGCUAUUGUAGC